AUGGCUCGAAUUGCACAAGCGAUCAGCGAAAUUGUGAGUCCGAAACCCACGGCGCUCGUUCCGGUGGCUAUAGGCUGUGAGGAGAUUGAGGUGGCAGCUCUUUGCGCCAUACUUGCCCGUGGCGGUAUGCGUGUGACAGUUGCAAAUGUCGGAGGACAGCUCCACCAUAUUGUGAAGCUGGCGAAGGGCACUGGUGUGCAAGCGGACAAGCCGAUCGAGUUUUGCGUCAAUGAUGCUUACGAUGUCAUUGCUGUACCUGGUGGGCCAGGUGCAAAGGCUUUAGGUGCUUCUCAGACCUUGACAACACUGUUAAAAGAGCAAAAGGCGGCAGGGAAGCUGUACGCCGCCGUUGGCGAAGCUGUUUACGACGUUCUCUUCCAUAAUGCGCUCGUCGAGGGUCCCAUGGCUGGUGACCCAAUUGACAAGCCGGCUCUAGGUGAUCUGUACUCAGAACACAAAGUGGUGAUUGCUGAGAAUUGUGUCACAAGCAAAGGCCCUGCUACAGUGAUUUCUAUGGCUAUGACACUCGUUGAGCUGCUUCGGGGUGAAAAGGUUGCAGCAAAAAUCGCAAAGGACAUUGCGUUUAAGCCUAUCAAGCAGUGA